AAUGGUAAAUAAAGAAGCAGACAGAAUGCAAGUCAAAAAGAAAAAGUAAAAAAUAAACAAAAAAAUAUCUGCAGCAAUAAAAUUUGUUGCAUUCUGCAACUGUAUAUAAAUUGUAAAAGUCAUAAAAAACAAAGGAAUUUUAUUUUUAUACAUAAUUAUAAAUUUUUAGUCGAUUUGAUAAGUAAAAAUUAAUUAAUUUUAUGAUAUUAGACAUAGAAAUUGACAAAAAACCAACGUAAUCAUGAAUAUUGUGUACGAGUUCUUUCGUAAUAAUCACAUUUUGGCGAUUUGUGAAGAUGCCUUGUGCAAAAAAUCAUUUACCUUAAAUUUAUCACGUUUCGAGAUGCCUGAAGUGCCCGAUUUAGUGGAAAAGUGCAAUAUUAUAUUUAAAUUAUUUUUAAAUCAUAAUCAUUUAACAAGGUUACCCAACUUUGUCAGUCAAUUAACACGUCUGCAAAUACUAACAUUGGACUUUAAUAAAUUAAACGAAUUUCCUGUGGUCAUUUGCCAACUAACAAAUCUAAAAGUAUUAAACAUAAGCUGCAAUAAUAUAAACAUGCUGCCGCGUGAAAUUGGCCAACUGACCCAAUUGGAAACGUUUUGGUGCAAUAACACGGGUCUGUUGCAGUUGCCCGUAGAACUUGGCAACUGUGACAGUUUGGAGACUUUGGGUGUUCGUGGCAAUCAAUUGAAAAGUCUACCCUCAUCUUUAAAACGCUUACGCAAGUUACGUUGGCUGACAGCGGAGAAUAAUCAAAUUUUCUUUUUGCCAGAGUGUUUGGGUGAUUUGCGGAAUCUUAUACAUUUAAAUUUAAAAAGUAAUCAUUUAGUGAAUAUACCCGACUGCUUGAAGCGCAUGAAACGACUGCAAUAUGUUUUUCUCAAUUGCAAUCGUAUUGAUCAGCCCGUAUCUGAGGAAUUGUUAAAGGAAUUGGAAUUUAUAAGAAUGUUAAAUAUAUGUGAUAAUCCCUUGUGUAAUUUGCCAGGAAUUAAAAUUCAAUUAAAGGAACACGGUAAUAUUCUCUGUGAUACAAAAGACCAUACAAAUACAUCCAACAUUGAGGAUAUAUUAGAUGAUAAUGAUAACAAUGACGACGAUGAUGAUGAUUUAUCCGAUUGGGAAAACAGUAUUGAGACCAGUGAUUUAGAUACCACCGAUGAAAGUAGUCCAGAAAAUGAUGUAGAGGAUAUUUCCGUUUUAAUACCGGAACUGUCACGCUAUAUAUCAAAUUUUAGUUAAUUUUUAGUUUUACUUUUUCAAUUUUAUGGCCGGAUCCCUUAAUUAAUAAGAAUUUUUGUGUUUUUUUUUUGUUUAUUUAUUAUCUGUUUAUGUAUUAUAAGUUUUAAUAAACAUGUUUUCCCCGAGAAGAAAGCAAAACAUAAUAAAAAGCGUUUAACCAACGACAAACUAAAUUAGCAAAUAUUGCUAUGUACAGUUAAAAUUAA